UCUUAGGAGAAGAAGUGAGGUUGUGCAUUUAGGUGGUGUGGGUAGUGAACAGAUUAGUCGAAGGAGCCUGCAGAAAACACAACUGGAGAGGAGGUCAAAAGCGAACCAACCGCCUGCCUUCCUAGCAUAAACUUCUCAAGACAGGCACAAAGGUGUGGUUCAGAGCCUGCCCCGCCCCUAUCUGGGCGGAAGCUGAGGUUUGCCGGAAGUUGUGAAGCGGCGGCAGCUCAUGCGGCGGCGCGGUGAGAUCGAAAUGGCGACCGAGGGAGAUGUGGAGCUAGAGUUAGAGACCGAAACCAGCGGCCCGGAGCGGCCUCCCGAAAAGCCACGGAAGCAUGACAGUGGUGCUGCUGACCUGGAGCGGGUCACUGACUACGCGGAGGAGAAGGAGAUCCAGAGUUCGAAUCUAGAGACGGCUAUGUCCGUCAUUGGAGACAGACGGUCCAGGGAGCAAAAGGCAAAACAGGAGCGGGAGAAGGAGCUGGCAAAGGUGACUAUCAAGAAGGAAGAUCUGGAGUUGAUAAUGACAGAGAUGGAGAUCUCUCGAGCAGCAGCAGAAAGGAGCUUGCGGGAACACAUGGGCAACGUUGUGGAGGCUCUUAUUGCCUUAACCAACUGAUGAUGUGCUUUUUCGGACAUUGUGGACUGAGUGACUGAAAUAAAGUGUUUUGUUAUGCUGUU